GUUGUGGUUUCUGAAAUCCAACAACCCAGUAUCGCUGUGCCACUCUCUCUCCGAUCCAGCGCCACUCCUUAACUUGAUAUCUGUUUACUUUAGAGGAGGCAGUUUUUAAGAAAGGAUCAUAAAUAUCCUGGCCCAGUGCCCCAGGAGCCAUGACAAGCAAAAGAACAUACUCGCCUAGUGAUAGCCCUUGUGAUAUUUAAAUGUGUGGUUAAUUUUUUAUCCACUUUAAUAACUGGAUUAUUCCCCUCUACCCCUCCUUUGCUUUCAAUUUCUGCUCCGAAGCCUUGGGCACAGAAAUCUCUGCAGGCAAAUUACUCCAGAGAAUAUUGCAGGACAGUCUUACAAGGAACAGUUCCAUUCACGGCAUUUGGAUUCCUGAUCUUUUUCUGACAUGGCAGGUGUGAGUGGCUGUAUAAAAUAUUCUAUGUUUAUCUUCAACUUCUUGUUCUGGCUAUGUGGCAUCUUGAUCCUGGGAGCAGCAAUUUGGAUACGAGUUAGCAAAGAUGGUCAAGAGAUUCUCAACUCUGGGGAUUUUGCCACUAGCCCCUAUAUUUCUGUGAACAUCUUGAUUGCUGUGGGGUCUAUCAUCAUGAUUCUGGGUUUCCUGGGAUGCUGUGGCGCCGUUAAAGAAAGCCGCUGUAUGCUUCUCUUGUUUUUCAUAGGCUUGCUUUUGAUCCUGCUCCUGCAGGUGGCAGCAGGUAUCUUAGGAGCUACUUUCAAAUCUGACUCUGAGCGUGUCCUGAAUGAGACUCUCUAUGAAAAUAUAAAGCUCUUAAGUGGAACAGAUGAGGAGGCGCAAGUAUUCCAGAAAGCCCUGAUGAAAUUUCAAGAAAAGUUUAAAUGCUGUGGUUUGGUCAAUGGAGCUGCUGACUGGGGAAAUAAUUUUCAAAAGAAUUAUAUGUCAUGUGAAUGUCCAGGUCCGUCAGAGUCUUCUUGUGUGAUGUAUGAAGGCAAAUAUGUUUACCAACAGCCAUGCAUUUCUUUCAUAAAAGAAAUAGUUGCAAAACAUUUUCUCAUAGUUAUUGGAAUAGCAUUUGGACUGGUGGUUAUUGAGGUACUUGGUCUGGUAUUUUCUAUGGUCCUGUACUGCCAGAUUGGGAGCAAAUGAAUCUGUGGAUGUGCCGAGCUAUCAUCCAUCAAGCCCCUUUAACAUUUUGCUUUGACUUUGUAACUUUGAAUAUACAAGUGCUGUACACAUUAGGAGCAGCUGUCUUAUUAAAAUGUUUCAUUUAGAUAUAUCACAGGUAUCUUCCAGACAUACUGAACAUAUUUAAGAUGUGAGUGACACAAGGAAAAUUAUAUGAAUGUGAUUUUUACUUAAGAUAAAAGUAACCUUGUUUAUGCUGGUGUAUUUCUGUGUCUGAUCAUUGUGUUCAGGUGGUACUGUGCUUAAAACAUUCAUCUGGGGCCACCCAGUGGAUUAAUCUUCAUUGUUAAGUGACAGAUAGUGCCAUAGUUAGUUAAAGCAGUGGAUCUGGGCUUUUCAGAAGCAACACUCUCUUUUGUGUGGUAUAUCAGCCAUUGGUGAUAACAUUAAGUUGAACCUCAAGUUGAAAAAGUUGAGAGUGGCCCAGCUGAAAAAGUCAGCAUCUCUUUUCUAUUUGUGCUACUGUUUACUAAUGGUAUCUCUUUUUUCUCCUAGCUAUUGAGGCAGGGGUGGGGCAAGAAGAUCUGAGUGCUGUCUUUUAGUCUUUGAAUCUCUGGUACCUCUUUGGAUCUUUCUCUGGGACAUGGAUAUAAGUGCUUUUAUCUUUCUAGUUCUUACAGGCAUUUUUACAUUUUACUUUUUAUUUAGGUAUAAUAUACACACAAUAAAGUGAACAAAUCUUAAGACUCCAGCCGUGCAAGCACUUUCCAGAUCAAAAGAUAGAACAUUUUCAGCACACCAGAAUGCCCCUUCAUUCUGACAUGCGGGAGCUGGCUCACACCAGCUCUCCAGGGCAGAUUGUAUAUAUAACAUAUGCUCAGUGACAUCACGUUGGUAGCUUGAAAUCCACCGUGGUGGGAGGAUUGAUACCAUGGAAAUUGGAAAAUGCUGUAAAAUCAGGAUUUUUUUUUCUUUUUUUUGAGAGUCUGUUGGUAAUCAUUUACCAGUAUAUCACUGCUCUCGGCAAAUACCUCCCCAAAGGUAACCACUCUUCUGAUUUCUAUGGCCAUAGAUUCAUUUUGCCUAUUCCUGAGCUUUCUAUAAAUGAAAUAGUAAAGUAAGUAGGUACUCCUUUUACUCAACAUUUUGUUUGUGAGAUUCGUCUAUAUUAUUGUAUGCAACUCUAGUUUAUUCUCGUUGCUCUGUAAUAUUCCAUCGUAUAUGAAUAUAAUUACAAUGUAUUUACCCACUGUCCUCUUGAUGGGUGUUGGGUUUGCUUCCAGUUUGGUGCUAGUAUGAAUAAAGUUGCUGUAAACAUUCUUUUA